GCUUUAACCACCUGUAUCAAACACUUAUCUUCCAUUCACGACUCUACAACUGAGUACAACUGUUCAAGUUAUAACACAAAUCAUCAAGCCAGGGUUUUUGCCAGCAUAUACACACCGAUCGGACAUUUCGUCUACUGAAAUGUCGGAUGUCUCCCACAUUGACUUCUCGUUGUUAGCCCCCACAAUCUCCGUACUUCAGCCACCUGCUUUUGGAUAGAGUCAUAUCUUGGAUGGACAGUGAGGGUGCCGAUGGUGAAUCGGCGCAACUGGGAGAUGCUCCAGUCAAAGCACCAACAGAGAGACCCAGCUCGUCCGCCUAUCAGUCGAUUAAAAACGUGAUUCUCAACAGACGACGAAGUUCAUCCGCUCCUAUUUCCGGCCGCAGCAACGGGCGUUGUCCGAAUGCAAUACGAUUCGAAGUGGAGGCUACGGUUCCAGAAGGCGACGAAGAAGACCCUACCUGGAGUUCUGGGAGCAACGUAGUGUGGAGAAAGUCCCAGAUCGAGCAGCUUCUUCGACGCCCGUCAGGGGAGAUUAACCCACCAGAAACACGUCCCCUCUGGGAUUCAGGGGAGUUGAUUCCGCCUCUCCCUGGCCCGGAGGAUGAUACCCAAGGCUAUCAGACGGAGAACCUAUUCGAGGCUCUACACCUCUCACGUUCAGAAAACAUACCCUUUCAUCCUGAUUUCAAGCCGGAUGUUACUCAGGAACCAGCAGCCAAGCAGCCUAAGGACGAACGCCGCCAUACCUUACCGUCCGAUGCCACCACCAAAAAGGACUCGCGACAGAAACGAAAAAGUCGCCAUGUGGAGGAGGAGGACAACUCGAAAAAACGAGAGUCCGUUGUGUCUGGCGAUUCACGAAUACCGCUCCGGAUGGGUGAUUUUUAUGCGCCCGAGUCCUUGCCUCCAGCACUGAGAGAGUGGGUGCCCCUUGAUGAUAACCUGUCGAGCGACGCAGAAAGUACAGCGUCCACCGAAGACGACUCCGACCUGAUAGUGGAUAAGUUUGGUUUCAAAGUGGUCGAAAGGCCCGCCGAAAGGAGCUUGCGGACCGUUCAAGACCGCCAGGUCAAGCUCCGUAAACUCGGGGCGUGGUACAAGUUCAAGAAAGAGUGUGAGAAGGAGAUUGACCCAGAGAAGGUCACCGAAGAGACGCCGCUUGCGAUAUUGGAAUGGGGCAAUAACGAAGAAAAAGGGAAGACUUUUCAGUCCACAUUUGAUGGUCUCGUACGGACCGGAAUUCCUAUUGAGCUCCGCGCCGAAGUUUGGCUGGAGGCAGCGGGGUCGUAUCUGCUGCUGUCGAAGGACGAUUUCAAGUCCUAUGUCGACCGAUCGCAACUCGAACUCUCUGAAAGCGUUCGAUUGGAGAUUGAACAUGAUGUUCAGAGGACACUAACGAGAACCAACAUUUUCUUCUACGGCGCCAAAGGGCUAGGCGCAGACCGAAUCCGCGAAAUCCUCUGCGCAUACGCCGUACGAAAUCCAGAUACGGGAUACUGCCAAGGCAUGCACAAGAUUGCUGCGUUCCUGAUCCUCGUCACACCGCGACCUGCACCGGCAUUCUUACUCCUGUCGUCCGUCAUUGAGAGGAUCAUGCCACACGGAUAUUGGACGGGCGAUCUCCUGAUACCGACUGCGGACCAACAAGUGCUCAUGACGCUCCUCUCGAGGGCGGCACCUGAUAUCUUCCGGCAUUUCAAGCAGUUGGAAGUACAGAUCGCACCUUUCACAAUGCGAUGGUUUAUCGCCCUAUUUGCGGACGGCUUCCACAAUACGUCUGCCGAAUUUACAUACCGAGUUUGGGAUAUCCUGUUUUGCCGUCAACCUCCUGAUGGGUACCUAUUCCUCUUCGCCGUCGCGAUCGCCGUCCUCCGAGAACAUUCGAGGGUCCUUCUCGAGCAGGAAAGCGCCGCAGACGUACACAAGGUUCUGGAUAGAGGGAUCGGCAUCAAAGAAUCUCGCAUCCGAGCCGUGAUCAAUGAUGCGGAUAAGAUGACAAUACCCAUGAAAGCGGUUGAUGACCUCCGGGAGCAGGCGCUGCAAUGGAUGUUAGACGAAUCGAGGUUUAGGGAGAUGAAGGCAAGGCUGAAAGGGGAAGUUACCGCGGAUUCGUCGUCCGAGGUUACGGAUAUCGAGGAUGGGAUCACGCAGGAGGAGGCGACACGGCUGGAUAGUAAGAAGAAUCAGAAAAAGGGGAAGCAGUGGUUACGUGUUGGGUUCUCGGGGAUGUUCUCGCAGAAGGAGCCAUGAGUUAUGAAUAGAACGAUGGAUGGUAAGGAGUCUUUAAGUCUGUGGGAAAUAUAAAGUGGCCAGAAUCCAAU